AUGGAGUCGACGAAACGAAAGAAGAGAGGUCGAUACAACUCGCAUCGAAGAAACCCUGCUAUACCUAAGCCGAAAGCCACUGUUUCCCGACAUAACAGGCGAAAAGCAAACUUCUCAUCGGAUGAAGAUGAACAAAGAAAAAAACCGUGUUUCAAGCGAACUGUUGAUGUUGUUUUCGAAAAUAGUCAAGCAUCAUCGGACGAAUCGGAUUUAAACAUUACAAAUAUGUACUUGGCUUCAUGUUCUAGUUAUCAAGAUCUAGACCACGAAUUGUCAGACGUUUUGUCGGAAUCAACGCAUGAUGACGACAGUGUAGAAAAACUGGAUGCGAUUUGGAGUGAUAUCUCAGAAGACGAUCGAAGCUCCACAUCUUCAGAUGACGACCAAUUCUGUGCACGUGGAGACAGUUAUAAUCACAUCAGGAGUAAAUCGACUGAUGAAGAAGACCCUGUAUAUGUAUACCCUGGGUCGCCUCUUUUGUUGUCGGAAAGCAUUCUUUUGAUUCUUACUUUGGCUGUAGCUCACAAUCUGAAUGGAAGUUGUCUUUCAGACGUAAUUUCUUUGAUCAAUUUGCACUGCAUUCCUGGUCCACUCAACAAGUGUGUCAACUCACUCAGUGAGCUCAAGAGGUACUUUGCUGACUUCGAGCUUCCCAUAACAAAACACUUUUACUGCAGUUUUUGCUCUGAGUAUCUUGGUGUUUUAAGUGAUACUCCUGAUGUGUGCUCCAUUUGCAACAAUGAUGUGAGAGAUCCAAAGAAGAAGUCAUAUUUUGUCAUCCUUUCUGUCGAAAGUCAGCUAAACGAGCUUAUGCAAAGUAAGUAAGAAAAUAUAAUUUUAUAUGUUGCAGUUUAAAAUGAUCUUAUGUUAAAAUGAUUUCAAACUAGUUUGAUUUGUACUUUUCUUUGUCUUAGGAUUAUGGUAAUCAAUCUGGAACAAAAGAAAAUCAAAACUAACCAAGUUUGAAAUCAUUUUGACCUAAGAUUCAUUUCAAACUACAACAUAUACAACAGUGAUUGAUGUUAAAAUGGAAUAAAUAUAAAUACUGGCUUAACUACAGCAUCAUAUAUUUAGCCACUUUCGAUGCUUCCUGGGAUAAUAGCUAGAUAUAUAUAUCGCUUAAAAUAUGCAGUCACCCCUAUUGAAGUAUAAUAUUUCCAAAUAUUUGGUCCUAUAAUGGGCCAGUAAGAUCCAUGUGACAAAAAGUUUCAAAGUCUCUGAAAGUUAAGCCUAAAAUGAUGAUUUAGUUUUUAAAUGUAUAUAAAAAAAAAAAAUAUUAUUGGAGUCGGUUUUCACAUGAUAGCAAAAUUAUCAAGGUCUCGAUUUGUGUUACCCACCUUGGCUGUGGAAAUUCUUACUAUCUUACUCACCAUAUGUAUUUGAAUAAGUGCCCUGUGCGCUUCUUUAAUGUUAGGUCCUUUAAGGUCGAUGUUUAUUCAAGGUGGGCACUUAUUCUGAUAAAUGCAGAAACCUCAUCCUGUGGCAAUUGAGCUACAUCAAAUUAAUAGCUAUAAUCUGCUGGUGGUGUCGACUGACACUCAAAUCACAGUAUUUUGUGAUAAAAGAGUGCAGUGAUGUUUUAUCAUUCAACCAGUAAGCUUGAUUUUCUUUGUUGUAUUUUUUUGUCAUCUGAUAUUAGGAAGAGAAUUUCAGGAAGAUAUAAAGUACCGCUUUCUGCGAGAGAAGACAUCCCCUCACAACAUUGAGGAUGUAUAUGAUGGCCAUCUCUACAAGAAGCUGUUUGAAAAUAAUGGCCCACUUUCUCAGCCAGAGAACUUAUCCUUAAAGUUCAAUACAGAUGGUGUUUCUAUCUUCAAAUCAUCAGGUUCAAGUAUUUGGCCAGUGUACUUUGAGAUCAAUGAGUUGCCACCAAGUAAAAGGUAAAAAUUAGAGUAAAUUAUUAUUGGUGAAUUGUAAGUGCAUCUUAUUAAACUUUUGGAAUUAUCAUUGUAUUCUCUAUUCACAAUACUAUUUCCGAAAACAUUGCAAAAAAUUAGUUGCCUUGUUGAUGACUGGAAUGACACAUACUGUACAUAUACUUAGUUGAACUGAAUUACAUUGGUUAUUUAACAACAUUUUUCACUACUAUUUUCUGUGAUUGUGCCAAACCAUUAUUUUCAUCAAAGGAUAUUAUUAUAGAGUUCCGUAUCAGACCCUUUUUAUUUAAAAACUAACUUUCAUUACUCUUACCCUAUUGUUCCUUUUUCUAGGCUGGAAAAAAGCUCUGACUCUGAUAAAUGUAAAUUCGUAAGUGCAUUUUAAUGUUUUCAUGUUUUAAUUAAUAGGAAACGAUUGGAGAACAUGCUUUUGGGUGGCCUCUGGUUCAGUGACAAAAAACCUGUGAUGUCUACCUUUUGA